CGAGCCGAGCCGAGCCGAGCCGAGGGGCGGGGCCCGCGGGCGUCCCGGUUGCCUGGAUACUCCGCGAAACAAUCGCUGCCGCGGGCGCUUUCGGGCGGUCGCGGGGAGGGGCAGUUGGUCCUCACUUUCCGCGGAGCCCCAGGAGCCCGAGGAGGAGCGGCCUGGUCCGGUCCGCGGAGAGCGAUGCCGCUGCCCGACACCAUGUUCUGCGCGCAGCAGAUCCAGAUUCCGCCGGAGCUGCCGGACAUCCUGAAGCAGUUCACCAAGGCUGCGAUCCGCACCCAGCCCGCCGAUGUGCUGCAGUGGUCCGCGGGGUAUUUUUCAGCGUUGUCCAGAGGAGACCCACUUCCUGUCAAGGACAGAAUCGAGAUGCCCGUGGCCACGCAGAAAACAGACACAGGCCUGACUCAAGGACUCCUGAAAGUCCUGCACAAGCAGUGUAGCCACAAGCAGUAUGUGGAAUUAGCAGAUCUUGAGCAGAAAUGGAAAAAUUUGUGCCUGCCAAUAGAGAACUUCAGGGCUCUGUUGCAGUUGGAUCCUUGCGAAGACAAGAUCGAGUGGAUAAAAUUUUUAGCGCUUGGAUGUAGCAUGCUUGGUGGGUCACUGAACAGUUCGAUGAAGCACCUGUGCGAGAUCCUCACCACCGACCCCGAGGGCGGGCCUGCGCGCAUCCCGUUUGAGACUUUCUCCUAUGUUUACCGUUACUUGUCCAGAAUGGACUCGGACAUACAUGAAGUGGACACGGAGUCCUACCUUGCGACUUUAAAGGACACUCUGGACCUAGCCCGGGAGGCGUGGGAAGCCCCUGGAAGGUUGGAGUGGCCCCUUCCUGUUUCCAGGAGGAUCUGGCAUCCUGCGUUCAUGGCCAGAUUUGUUCUGCAGCCGUUAGUGGCAGCCUGAAGUGAAGAAUGAGUUCACAAGAGAAUCUAGAAAGAAUGGCAUGAUAGGACUUUCAGAUUUCUUCGUUCUGACAAGGAAAGUUUAGGAAACCUCGAGAAGAAAAUUCAGAAGACAGAGGCCAUUAAUACAGAGGAGAAUAC